AUGACGAUCGGGACGAGCUGGUCGGUAGCCUGGCUAGUGCUGCUAUCCGUGGCCACCAUCGCUGCUGGACCCGUUCACCGUCGUUCGGCGGAGGAAGCCACGAUGUCUGAGGCCGAGGUUCGCCAAUCACUCGAAGCGAUCGAGCUGCGUUAUCAGCAAGCGAAAGCGCGUCAAACGUUAGCCGCUUGGGCGUACGGAUCGAACUUGACACAGAUUAACCUCGUGAAGAAGACGGCAGCCGCGGCUGAGUUUGCCCAGGAGGCAAAGAACAUUGCCCACGAGCUGCGCGAAUUGUCUACCGAUCAGUUGGAGAACGACGAUUUGAAACGUCGUAUCAAAAAGCUCUCGAAACUGAACUAUGCCGUGCUGCCGGAGGAUAAAUUCCGUGAGCUGCUUGGAGCGAUCGCUAACAUGGAAUCGAACUACGCGAAGGCAAAGUUCUGUGCGUAUGGUGAUUCAAGCAAGUGUGAUCUCUCGCUCGAGCCGGAGCUGACGGAAAUCUUUGCUAACCAUCGCGAUCCGGAAGAGCUGAAACACUACUGGGUGCAGUGGUACAACGCGACUGGGUUGCCGGUACGUGAUUCCUUCCAGAAGUACGUUGACCUGAACCGCGAAGCCGCUCUCCAGAAUAAUUUCAGCUCCGGUGCGGACGUUUGGCUGAAGGAAUACGACGACAUCACGUUCGAGCAGCAGGUCGAUGACGUUAUCGAACAGAUACGGCCACUGUACGAACAGCUGCACGCGUACGUCCGAUACAAGUUGCGGCAGAGGUACGGCGACAAGCUGGUUUCACCGACUGGUCCCAUUCCGAUGCAUUUACUUGGCAACCUGUGGGCACAGACGUGGGAUAAUAUCGCUGACUUUACAACGCCCUUCCCGGAGAAGAAGCUGUUGGAUGUCACCGAUGAGAUGAUCCGCCAAGGGUACACCCCGAUCAAGAUGUUCCAGAUGGGUGAUGACUUCUUCACCUCGCUUAACAUGACGAAGCUACCUGCAUCGUUCUGGGAGAAGAGCAUCCUGGAGAAGCCCGCCGACGGUCGGGAAUUGGUGUGUCACGCAAGUGCGUGGGACUUCUUCUCGAAAGAUGACGUGCGCAUCAAGCAGUGCACUCGCGUGAACAUGCGCGAGUUCUUCGUGGUACAUCACGAGCUGGGUCACAUCCAGUAUUACCUGCAGUACCAGAAUCAACCCGUUGAGUACCGAGGUGGAGCAAACCCUGGGUUCCACGAGGCCGUCGGUGAUGUCCUGUCACUCUCCGUAGCGACUCCGAAGCAUCUCAUAAAGGUGGGCCUGUUGAAGGACUACGAGGAGGAUGAACAGGUGAAGAUCAACCAGUUCUAUCGGGCCGGUGUGACGAAGUUGGUGUUCCUGCCAUUCGCGUACACGCUCGACAAGUACCGCUGGGGAGUGUUCCGGGGCGAAAUCAAGCCCAAGGACUACAACUGCAAGUUCUGGCAGCUACGAUCGCGCUACUCUGGUGUAGAGCCUCCGGUUGUGCGCUCGGAGCAGGAUUUCGAUCCACCGGCCAAGUACCACGUGUCGGCUGAUGUCGAGUAUCUGCGAUACUUCGUGUCGUACGUGAUUCAAUUCCAGUUCCACCGAGCUGCCUGUGCCCUAGCGGGCGAGUACGUAAAGGGUGAUCCUGAGAAAACGCUCAACAACUGCGACAUCUACCAGAGCACAGCAGCCGGAAAUAAGUUGAAGGAAAUGCUUGCUCUUGGAUCCUCGAAACCAUGGCCAGAUGCAAUGGAAGUGCUGACCGGAGAGCGUAGGAUGAGUGCAGACGCCAUUCUGGAGUAUUUCGAUCCUCUGUACCAGUGGUUGUUGGCAGAAAACAAGCGCGUUGGAGCGCACGUUGGCUGGACCGAAUCCGAGAAGUGUACCUCACACCCGAUUGACUUCAUUACGGCUUAAGCAUGACGCAAACGCCAUCUACCAUAAAGCUCCUGCA